UUUGGCACCAUCCACUCAUCCCACAACCCACCGUCACUAUCUUCGUCUCCAUACUGUCACCAUCAUCUUGACCGUACUGAUACUCUUUGCUUGGAAGGAGCCACAUUCAUUAUAGGUUGUUGAUCAGCACUGGUGGCACAUCCUCCUCCCCUCUUUUCGUCUGAUUCGAAAAGAUCUACCGUUUGGCACUUCCCUUUCUACUGCAGCUAGUCGCCCCAGUCAACCAUUUGCAGAGCCAUGUCCUCCUCUUCCUCAGUCAGCAGUUCUACGGUUUCGUCUCGAUGGGCUUCCAUAGCCGACAGACUGAACCCCAAAAGGGCAGCAUAUGAUGAAGAUUUCAAAUCGGAAUGGCAACAAAUGAGCAAGAGUCAGCGACAGCAACUUUUGAAAGCGGACAAGAAGAAACGCAAGAAACUGCUGGCACGAGGCAAGACAUCACUCCCCUUUACAGCCGAUCCUGACGAUCACUGUGAAACCAGUCCCACGGCCUUCCAGCAUAUUGUGCCCUUGCUGCAGUUGCUAGAGGCGAGACUGAAGAGAAAAAAAGGAGAAAUCAAAAUCUACGAUGGCUACUACUGUGCCGGUGGCACUGCCAAACACCUUAAGGCUCUGGGAUUUCAUCACGUGUACAAUCAACCCGACGAUUUCUAUCAAGUCAUUGCCGAACAUCGAGUUCCCGAACAUGACGUGCUCGUUACCAAUCCACCCUAUUCGGGAGAUCAUUUCGAUCGUCUCCUUCAGUUUUUGGAACAACAACACCAACAACCGUUCCUGUUGCUAUUACCCAGUCACUUUUCCCAGCGCCCUGCCUUUCAAUCCUUUGCACGACGGUGUGUCUAUCUGACGCCUCCGUCACGUUAUCACUAUUGGACACCCGAGGGCCGUCGUCGAGAUGACAACAACAAUAACGAUACUACUACGAAGAAACGAAAACACAAGAAUCUACACUUGGGAAGCCGCAAUUCUCCCUUUUAUUCCUAUUGGUUUCUAUCCUUGGAACCAAUCAUUUCGCAACAAGAACUCCUGACAAUGUACGACAAUGGUCAAUUGGAACUGAUCGAGGGAUGCAAGUUGCACCGAGAACCACCCAGUGUGGAGGGAUCCGAUCAAGUCUUUCGUCCAACAACGGAGGAAGCUGAAACGAAACAGAGGAAACAGAAAAAGAGAAAACAGCUGGCUACAACAACAAAGAAGAUGGACCAAGAUGAUGAGGUAAAUGGUGAAUCAAGCGACAUAGUAGAUGAUGAUCCUUUCCUUCCUCCAGAGCUUCAGCCAGUGGCGUAGACUACAGUACAUGUACGUGCCGCAAUGGCCAUCCGUCCCCUGCCGUACAUCGAAACAGAGCAACCAUGCAAGUGGGAAAGCUCUCAUCAACACUACUGUACAUCUGAUGAGAAGAUUGGGAAGCUUGACGUGGCUUCGGUUCGGAAAAAUAGCUAGUAACACUUAAGAAUUUUUUGUACGAUGG